UCGGUUUACUACCGCGACAGAAAAUCCCAUUAUAAACAUACAAAUGUAAGGAUUUGAACGCUAUAGGCGCGAGUUGCCUUUCCGUCAUUUUAUAUAGUCACGUUUGCUAAAAGUCUGACGCACAAAUGUAAAUACCUUGGUUUAUACUUGUAUACUUAUGUUGUACUUCUACUUGAAACCUCGGUAACGUUAGCAACCGUGUCCUCCAUUUAGACACUGGAGCAGCAGCAGCUAGGCUAACGUGCAAGCAAGUUCCAUUUGAAAUCCACAUUGAAGGAGGCUGAUGGUGGAAAGCUGCUAGAGUGGGCAGGCAAAGGCCAGCUGGGAGGCCCUGGAGGAAUGGGCAAGGCUGGACAUGAGAGUCCAAGUUCAUAACAGCUCCGACCAGGCAAAGCCGGCACCAGCCGAGAUGUCGGAGAAUGGGCGCGCACGGAGGAAACGCGUACCCAAGUUAUGCGACUGCUGUGGGCCAAACACCAAACCUCACGCGCUGGGUCACGGGCCGGUCACAAAGAAACGCGGCCGUAGGAAGAAAGACGUGGAGAAUGAAGUGGAGGUGACGACUGACAACCAUUUAAGUUCUGCGUUUGUAGACCUAUCGACACCAGACGCCACGGACACCACAACUGUGUGCGACAUGCAUCAAGUAACACUUCCCGAAGCAGACCCAAUGCUGAGCGGGGAAAAUAUUUCUCUGGUUCUGCACAACGGCACUGUGGCCAGUCUAGAGAAUGGUCCAAAAACUAACAGUGAAAGCAAUGAUUCUGAUUGCACUCCAUUCAGUGACUCAAUAGAGUGCAGUUCUGACACACACAGUACAAAUCAUGCCAGUUUGGAUGCACACUGUGAUCCUAAAACACCUCUAGACUGUAUGCACAGCAGUCCGACCUCUCACAGGGACUGUACAGAAACAUUCGUAGGUUCUGCCGAGAGCGGCGUCACUACGUCAGAUCAGCCCACAGACACUGAUGCCAUGGAAAUUGAUCAUGCUGUGUAUGCGGUUUAUCUAAACACAAAGGCUUUAAGGGACCACCGUUACUGCAAACGACCUCAUGUCGACGCAGAAGAAGAGGAAGCUAAUAUCUCACAACCACCUUCAGCUGACAUCCAGCAGGAAGACAUUGUAGAACUGCUUCAUGAAUACCUCGAGCUUUUCUAUGGGAAAUAUGGGAGCUUCAUUCCACUGAGUGAGGACGACAUUCUUGAGUACCUGAACAAACACUUGAACGCUGACUUUAAUGACAGAAGGAAAAUGAUAAAUAAAGAAGUUCUGAAGUACAAGGCUGGCUUGGCCUGCGCAUCAAUGAUUUUCUUCAAAGUGACCUACAACAAGCACAUUUUAGCUCUCGAAGACCUUUCAACACUUGAAGACCAAAACUGGGUCAACGACCAGGUCAUAAACAUGUAUGGUGAAUUGAUCAUGGAUUCUACAAACCACAAGGUCCAUUUCUUCAACAGUUUCUUUUAUAAACAGCUUGUAGCAAAAGGCUAUGAAGGAGUAAAGAGGUGGACAAAAAAGGUGGAUGUGUUUUCUAAAAGAUUGCUGCUGAUUCCCCUCCACUUGGAGAUCCACUGGUCCCUGAUUACUGUGGACGUUUCCAAGCAAAGCAUAAACUUCUAUGAUUCCCAAGGAAUAUUGUUCAAGUUUGCUGUUGAAAACAUUUUGAAAUACAUCAUAGCAGAGGCAAAAGAAAAGAAGCACGCCGCUCUACAAAAAGGCUGGAAGAUGACGGUCAACAAGGGUAUUCCACAACAGAAGAACGAUAACGACUGUGGUGUUUUUGUUCUGGAGUACUGCAAGUGUCUGGCAUUUAAAGAACCGUUGCAGUUCACACAAGAGGACAUGCCUAAAGUUCGCAAAAGAAUAUACAAGGAACUCUGUGACUGCAAGCUCACUGACCUACAAAAACAGCUCUAGGUUUAAUGUCGUUCACUCAUGUGCUGAUCAGUGGAUUUUACUUUACUUUUCUGUUGUUGUUGGUCACAGUGGACGAUGACACGCACCUCACGGUCAUAAGUCUGGAGAGAAUUCAUCAUAUGUUGUACUGGUCAAGAAACUGACUCGAGAUGCCAAAACGUCAGGUUGAAAUCAUCCGUUAGAUGACGUUAACUGAUAACUGUCGGCUAUCGCGAGGCUACUUUUAAGAAUCAUGCAUGGCAACUUCAGAAAGCAAAACCAAGCCCUUUUGUACAUUUCUUUGUCCCUAAGCCUUUGUAGCUUAUUUCAAUCUAUGUGGUUCUACCAGGUUGGUUUUUCAUGAAUAUGCAGUGCGUUCUACACAGCAUGUAACUUGAAGAAUCAGCAUUUUCUAUUCUUGACUGGAUUCUAAGUCAAGCUUUUAAAUGAAUGUACUGUUCAUAUGAAGAAACUUUUUUUUUUUAAAUUUCCCCCACAUGUAAACAAUACUUUUUAAUAAUUUCAGCCUGACCAUGCUUUCCUAAAUGGGCCAUAUUCUUUUUGUCUUUCAUACUCUUUGUUAGAAGCACUCUAGACACUUUCUUUAAUGCUUUAAUAUUUUUUUUUUUCGAACGCAACGUCAUCUGACAGUUCCCGUAGCAUGUAGCUGUAAGUUCCGUUUGUGACUUCCAUAAAGUGUUUUUACAUUCACUGUAUAAACAUGGUUUUGUAAACAUGAAUCGCCUGACUGGGUCGAGUUGUAGUUUGACUACUGAGCAGGUUCAAAUCGUGUGUGUUCUACAACCUGACAGAACUGCUUGUAUUCAUGAAGGCUGGUGUAUACUCACAGUACACUGACAAACUACAUUAACGAUAGCCUUAUGAUUAAAAUAAAUCAAAGCUUUACUGUGUACAGAGCUGGCACAGUAUGAUUCCGAUGUAUUUCCACCUCAGUUCUUGUCCGUUUAUGACAGCCAGAAUGACCAACCUUCAGAAGUAAAAUAUGGUUAGACAUCAAAUUGUGGGAUACUGUAUUUUUAGUUACUUGAAAGUGUAACUACAAAAUUUGACCUCAGUGAAAUGCUCUGUUUCUUUCUGUUUGACUACUAUUUGUCAUUAUUUAAACAACCAUAUAAAACGAUUAUUGUUAACA